CACCUGUAAUGAUAAUCAAAGAGCAUAUGAAGAUGAAAUCGAGGAUUUUAUUUGCCUGGGGGUCCCAUUGCAUUUGAUACAUUUCCUCCUUAGUAUUUUUCGUGUAAAUCUUCUUUUAUUUAUUUCAAUAUUAUCUCGCCCUCGCAAACUAGAGGGAUACGGAAUGGAUUUCCAUUGUUUGGUCCUGCCAUUGCCACGUCUCUUCGGUACUUCUGCACUUCACCUGAAACGCUGAAUCUCUUAAAGACGUAUAGCAAUAAGGUUCUGUUAUUAAAUGCCUAGGUGUUAAAUACUUCCUUAUAAGUAAAAACAUUUACCGACUUUCGAAAACUUUUGAACCGGACGCUAUUUAUAGCUUGUCUAUGACCGUACAAACCAAAACCGGAUAAGCUAUAAGCUGUGUCUGCGUCAUGUCAUGGCUGGCAAGGGGCUUGAUCUUGAUUACUUUUCUUGCAAAAGAGAGUUUGAUUUUCUUUGCAAGUAUCAAUCCUUCACUUUUGACUUUUAUUUACAUUUUCGAACGGUGUGAUUUGCGGUAUUUACAAAGUAAUGUGACAUUUUAUCUGUAAAUUAUGAUAAAUCUGUAGAAAAGAGUUAUAGUUUCAUAAUGAACGACGGAGACUGGAUUUGUAGCGAUCCAAAUUGCGGAAAUAUCAAUUUCGCCCGCCGAGUAUCAUGCUAUCGUUGCAACAAGGAAAGGCCAGACGGAGGGAAACCUUGUAAAAAGAAGCUCGGUACAGAGAUAGGAAAAUCUGCUGCGGAAAAAUCAAGAGGUUUAUUUAAUGCCGAUGAUUGGCAAUGUAAUAAGUGCGCGAAUGUUAAUUGGGCCCGGCGACAAACAUGUAAUGUUUGUAAUGCGCCGAAAUUUGGUGAAGUAGAAGCGCGCACCGGCUACGGGGGAGGUUACAAUGAGCGCGGCGUUGUCGAGUAUCGGCGACGAGAGCCUUCCUCUGACGACGAAUAUGAUGAGUUUGGAAGAAAGAAACGCAAGCGCAAAUCGGAUACACAAGAUAAGGUUGGCAUCACUGAAGGACCGGUAAACAAAAAGUUGCCACCCACUGUGCUGCAGAAGGAAAUUAAGAUGGAUCAUGUAGUUCAAGUGCCAGCAUCAAAUAAUUCAUUCCACCAAAAUAGAGGAAGGGAAAAAGUCAAUGGUAGUCUAAGUGAUAGCUCAGUAUGUGAUCUGCCUCCUCUCAGUAAAGUUGCAUUUCGUAGAAAUCAACUGCCAAAUCAAACGAGUUAUCACAGACAGGAGCAUACGCUACCUGGUUUUAAAGCUAACACAAAUAGUCCGCGAAAGAGAAUGUCAAGUAUCGGUGACAGAGAUUACACAGGAUCGUCAGGUUAUGAGACGGGAUCAAAGAAAAAUAAUGAAUCUCCAAUUAUUAAGUCAUACAAUCCAGUCAUGGAAAACAGAGUAUCAUCAACAAACAAUGACUUUGUUUAUAAGUUCACUGGGACAACCCCAGCUGAAGAUUUUCAGGUGACUUAUACAGUUGAGGAAAGAGUUAGAGCUGCAGCAUAUGCUAUUGUGUAUAACAACUGCAAAAUAAGUACAACUAAAUUUGAAUCACUGUAUGACAAACCUGCACCUGACUUCAAAACAAUUUUUGCAUGGCGUCAAAGGCUUUUAUUAACAGGUUGUUUGGUGGAUUCUCAUUUAGAGUUACCUAAGCAUGAAACGAAGAAUGAAAAAGCGAUAACUAAAAAUGCUAUUACAACAAAUGAUCUUGUAACCAGAAGGAAAAAUGUUCAGAUGCUGCCCAACCCUGAUGAGAUUCUUAUAGAAAGUGAUAGUGAUGAUGAAGGUUUCAAAAAUAUGGACACUAGUAAACCUGUGCGGGCAAGAAGUUUAAGUGUUGAAACUGUGCUUCUUAGUGGAGUAGAUAAUGCAAGAACAGGUGGAUCUAUAAGUACCGAAGAAAGGGAAUCUCAAGCAAGGAGUCAAUCAACAUCCACACAUCAUAGAAAUCGUUCUAGUUCUUGUGACAGCCAAGACUCAAAUUAUCCUGAAACAGAUUCUGAAAAUAUGGGCUCCAAAAGCGUAAAAAGCAGACCUCGGAAAAUGAAACCAGUGAAAUCUUCCAUUCAUGAAUCUGAUUCUGAUUCUAUUUCGUACAACAGCGAUGAUGGAGACUUUUUGUCAAGAGUAUACGAAGACGGCCGAAAAAUCAGACACAAAGUCAAGAGGGGCUCUACACCGAUUUCAAAAAUGAAUGAUUAUAUACCAAAUGAAAUUAAUCGAGUUUUCACAGGAUACAGUACAGUAAAGCCAUCAGAACAAUCUCCUUUAGUCACUGGAAAUAUUUACACACCCAUCUUGCAUAACAUGAGUGCUAAAACACAAGAUAGCAUUGUUUUGGAUACUGAUGGCUGUUCAAGUGAGUAUGUGCCUACUAGGUUAGGCUCUACAGCCAAACGUAACUAUCAAGAAUUCAAAGACAAUGUUAAAAAGAAAGGGUACUGGGCUAAAGGAAAUUGUACAUCUCUUGGAAGUAAUAAGACCUCAACACUAACUUCAGUUACUAUUUCAACAGCGAGAAGCAUACAAAAACCUACAGAAGAAAAAUUUUACACGGAAUCAUCAGUCAAUUAUGUUACAAAUCAAAGAAAUACUAGAGUUGAAGAUUUCACAAAAGAUGAAUUUGAUAAUUUUUCCUCAACAGACCACUACACACCGUUUGAUAAGCCAAUAAAUACUGUGCCUAAAUUAGAUGUAUCUGAGAAUACUGCUAGAAUUUUUGAUCUUGUACAAUCUAAUUCUGCAAUAAAAAAUCGAAGUAUAAUGGAUAUUUUUAAUACAGGCGAUCAAACAAAUAGUCCAGAAAGAGAUAAUGAUUUAGAGAAAUAUGCAAAUGUUCAUAAAUUGUACGAGACUGAAUGGGAUGAAGAUGAUGAUGCUUUAUAUAAAAAUACUGACUCUGUUAACGCACAUUCAACUAAAUCACCGUCAAGGACACCUUCACCACCAAAUAUUGGUUCAGUCGCAGUACACAGCCCUAUGUCUAAAAUGUUAUACAUCUCGGAUGUUGAGCCUGUUAAAGUGCAGACAAGUGGAACUUUAAACAAAGCAAAUAUGGAUUUCAUCACAGACAAGUGUGAUAUCUUGUUGGAUUUGUUCAAAGAUAUACAGAAAGGCAAGGAACAUGUAGAUAAAGUACAAAAGCAAACUUUUUUAAAUGAACAUGAUAAAAUUGAGGAUGAUAAUAGUUUAAACCAGAAAUCACAACUUGUAAUAACAAAUGCGAAAGCCAUGAAGAUAAAUCCUAAACCAGUGAUAUUAGCAAAUGAAGUAAUAAACAUCCCUGCUGAAGUUAUAAAAGCUCCACUGCAAGACUUAACAAAAACUAUAAGCCCUUCAAAACGUGUGAAAGUACUAGAAUCAAUUACUAUACAGCCAAAUACUCAACAAAAGUUACCUACCAAUAUUUGUAAUCCUGACAUAAAUAGUUCUAAACAAGAAGAUACUUUUCAUGACAAAACUUUACUUGAAAAAUCCCAAACACAAGACUCUAACGUACAAUCUAAAGUUAGCAAUCAACCACAAAAUUGUUUGCCAAUAGACCCAAAAAUUGGUCAAGUAGAUUUAACAAAUAUAUUGUCUAACAUUAAUACUAACACAUUGUUAUUAGCAUUACAAAAUUUGCAAAAUUUACAAUCUUCUAAUAACACUAAUAAACAAAAUGAAACAUCUUCGGAGCAAAGCAAUUUAGGUGAUGUUCAGCAUGUAGAAACAAUUAACUUGACUAAUGAUGAGGAUUGGGAAAAGGAAUCAAAUAGGGACGGUAGUAUAGAGAGACAAUUACAGCAGUUAGAUGGUAGUGCGGGAGACACACCAUUUUUAAGUGAUAUUUUUGAUCCCGGCCCAAUCAUACCAAAUGCAAAUAAAAAGCUGAAUAUAAAUUUAAAUUUACUCGAUGAUAAGUCUCAAGAACAAAUUCCUUGUGCUGAUGAGGACGCACCUGUGAUAGGGAAUUUUAAAAGUUUUGCACUUCCUAAACCAAUAUUAUUGAAUAGGCUAAAAUUGGCUGUUAAACCCUCUGAGAGUUAUAUAAAAAAAUCUAUUGAGGGCAAGAAAAAAAGACGGAAAAAGGGCAAGGCGAGCGCAUCACAAGGCGAGGGUGCGCCGGAACAGGAUGAUGAAGAGGAAUCAGGAGACGAAGCCGAUCUUUCUAAGUAUGAUCUUUGGGGCAGUGAUGGGGAACAGGGCAACUCUACCAACUUGGAAAAUACAGAAAAAGCCAAAGAAGACGAUUCUAAGGAGAGCUCCGAGCAGGUGGAAAGAAACGGCAAACCUAGUACACCCGAUGUUAAAAGUAGUAGUAGCAAGAGGAGAUCGCGCAGUUCCUCAUCAUCAUCAAGCUCAACUUCGAGUUCCAGUUCUAGUCAUAGUUCCACAACUCCUAAAAAUAAAUUCGAUGAUUUCAAUUUGAACAGCGAGCGCGAGGUAUCUCCGCGCCGGCGCAAGUCGCGCUCCCGCUCGCCGCGCGCCCGCCCCGCCGCGCUCACCGCACUCACCGCACGUCGCAAGUCCAGGGACAGCAAGUCCGCAGGCGAGACCAGAAGUAAUGAAUCGUCGCGUGACAAAGAGCGGUCGCGGGACAGAGAGCGACGGGACAGGUCCCGCGGCAGCCGAGAUCGUAAGGAGCGCCGCUACAGCCGGGACGGACCCGGCAACCACUACGGCGCGCGCGGACGACACCGUUAGCGCAUCGCCAAGCAUAUUGUACAUUGAAUUACAUUUAUAUUGACUUAUAGUGGGUUUCUGAAACCAAAAAUCCAAGUUUAAAACAUAUUGUCUGUGCUUUA